UUAGCUUUAAGAUGUGACUGGUUUCCACCUGUAUUGCCCUAAACUCACUCUACGAUGCCAUACAGAUUCUGUUAUGCUCCUGAAUUGCGCGGGAACCUUAUGUUUGUGCGUUUAUCCACACAAUAACGCGCUCUAGUUUUACAACCUAGUUACAACCUUCAUUUGAUGGAAGCUGAUACAGAUACCUGGAUUUUUUUUCUUAGCUCAGUGUUUGGAUAAAAUGUAAUUACACUCAUGUGGGCAUGUACGACUGGCACGACGCCACAAUGAGAUCGGUUCAGUCUGCUGCUGUUACGGUUUUUACAUCGGAUUUACAUUUGGUGUGGAUAUUGUUCACUAUAUCGAUAACUACAAUCAAAGCAGGUCUGGAGAGCAGGCCAUCGGAGGACUGUCCACUGGGUCACUUUCCAUGUGGCAAUAUGAGCAUCUGUCUGCCACAGGUUCUGCACUGUAAUGGCCAAAACGACUGUGCCAACGGAGCUGACGAGGACAACUGUGGAGAUAACAGUGGAUGGGCAGACCUCUUCGACCGGACUUUUAAAAGGGUUUACCCACAAGAUCUUGCUACAGACUGCCAAGUGGAGCAGUACCCUGAUCGGUGCCAAUGCAUUAACACUGAGAUCCACUGUGUGGAUGUCAGCUUGAGAUCCAUUCCACAGGUGUCAUCGAAUGUAACCUCCCUUUCAUUGAAGAGCAACAAGAUUCACGUGUUACCCAACGAGGCUUUCAUCAAAUACAUAAAGCUACAGAGGCUGUUUCUCCAGGAUAAUUGCAUCAGUACUGUUUCCAUUCAAGCUUUUAGUGGACUAUAUAAGCUGCAAAAACUAUCUUUGAGCCAGAACUGCAUUUCCCUGCUUUCUCCUGGAGUGUUCAGUGAUCUUCAUAAACUCAAGUGGCUGAUUUUGGAUGACAAUCCCAUAACAGCAAUUACAGCCAACACAUUUACUGGCCUAAGUUCCCUCUUCUUCUUGUCAAUGGUGAACACCUCUCUAGAACAGCUUCCACCCACCAGACUCUGCAUCCAUAUGCCCUUUCUCAGCUGGCUGGAUUUCGAGGGGAAUCAGAUUCAAACUUUGGGCUUGUCGACUUUACUCGGUUGUGAACAUCUGACUGUGCUGUCGUUGAGAGCCAAUCUCAUCAAGAGUCUGCCAGAGAACACCUUCCAGUCUCUGCGCAUGAUGGGAGACCUGGAUCUGUCCAGCAACUUGAUAAAGGAACUUCCAAUCAGUAUAUUCAAGGAUUUACCCUCAUUGCAGAUUCUGAAUCUGUCCCAAAACCCUCUGGACCACAUCCACCCAGGCCAAUUUAACCACCUAAUUCAGCUCCAGUCUCUUGGCCUGGAGGGAGUGGAGAUCCCAAAUAUCCAGACAAACAUGUUCCGCCCCAUGGAUAACCUCUCCUACAUAUAUUUCAAGAAGUUCCAGUACUGCUCCUACGCCCCACAUGUCCGAAAGUGUAAACCGAACUCAGACGGUCUCUCGUCUUUUGAAGAUCUGCUUGCUAAUGUGGUUCUUCGUGUGUCGGUGUGGGUCAUGGCUUUUAUAACCUGCUUUGGAAACCUCUUUGUCAUCGGGAUGCGGACGGUACUGCGGGCUGAGAACAACCUGCAUGCUCUCUGCAUCAAGGUUUUGUGCUGUGCAGAUUGCCUGAUGGGGGUCUAUCUGUUUUUCGUGGGGGUUUUUGAUGUGAAGUUCCGUGGCGAGUACAACAAGAAUGCUAAACUGUGGAUGGACAGCAUGGAGUGUCGUAUCAUCGGCUUCCUGGCCAUGUUGUCCUCUGAGGUUUCCGUCAUGCUGCUCACUUAUUUGACCAUGGAGAAGUUCCUGGUCAUUGUGUUUCCUUUCAGCCACUUGCGACCGAGCAAGUGCCAAACAUUCAUCGUUUUGACCUCUAUAUGGCUGCUGGGUAUCUCUAUAGCUGCAGUGCCUCUGCUUAAUGAGGAGAUGUUUGGGAAUUAUUACGGACACAAUGGAGUGUGUUUCCCUCUUCACUCUGAACGACUGGAAAAGCCUGCUGCAAAGGGAUAUUCCACUGGAAUUUUCCUUGGACUUAACUUGGUGGCCUUCCUCAUCAUUGUCGUCUCCUACUCCAGCAUGUUUUACUCCAUCUAUAAGACAGGCAUCAAUGCCACAGAGCUGCGUGGACAGCUGCACAGGGAUGUGGCAAUGGCACAUCGAUUUUUCUUCAUCGUGUUCUCUGACGCCCUCUGCUGGAUUCCCAUAUUCCUGGUCAAAAUCCUCUCCCUGCUAGAAGUUGAGAUACCAGGAACAAUCACAUCUUGGGUGGUGAUCUUCAUCCUCCCCAUCAACAGUGCCUUGAAUCCCAUCCUAUACACAUUAACCACCAGUUUCUUCAGAGAGCAGGUUGAACUUUUAUGGUGCCAUUGGCAAAGACAGCCAAGACUCAAACAGGACCGCAAGAGCCUCACCAGCUCUGUUAUCUACACGGACCCCUCAAGGUCUUCUUUCUACCAUCGCAGCUACAACCCACAGACAUCUAUCUUAGACAUAGAUGGCAGGUAUAGAUGAAAAUGUUCUAUAUUAUGGACAUUGCAUUUGUCUGUAGUGGAUCUACAGUUUUCAGAGUGCUGGAGCACUUAAAGACGAUGCCCUGGUUGAGCCUCUGUGCUGGUGAAGAGGCAGAAUCAUGGACCGCAGUCAGAUGCUAUAAUGAAGGCCUAUGUUAGAUGAUGUAUCUAAAGAUAAUAUGGUUGGACAGUAAUAAAAAAGCAUUAAGAGUAAACAUAAAGAGCAAGAUAUCCUGACACUGCUCUCGCCGUAAGGAUUUUAAAAUGGCCGAAUCUGGUAUAGCCUUGCUUUUCAGUAGGUUUUCUGACCUGUUUUUUCGUGAGUUGUGUUUUGACAGAGGAUUGGUUGACUUUUAAACUGUGCAACAGCCAACAGUGGGCAUAUAUUUGUAUUUUGCAUAUGUAUAUGCUGUAUUUUGCAUAUGUACAGAGGGUUUGCACUUACGUCACGAUUUGGUCAGUUACACGGAUACGUGGCCAUAUUGGCGAUUCUUAAAGUAAACAACAGCAUGGAUUGCAUGGUUGUUCUGCUAAUUUAAGAUGUCUAAACCACAGAAAAAAUGGGUGGAAGCUGCUAAAUCAUACAGAGAAAGACUAAUAGGUUUUAAAGAUACUAACGAACAGUAUUAAUUAAGAUAUUAGCUUAAUAUUUCACCUACUUGACCAGAAAUGAUAAGAACAAACACAAAUGUUGUCACGAUUCUUGCCCUGGAAAUCCCGGUUCAGUUUGGCCAAGCACAAACGCUCUUUGUUUCUCAGUUUUUAACACUUUUCUACUUGAUUUGUUAUAACUUUUGGCAGUCUAUAAUAAUUCAAAUGUUUUUCCAGUCCGACCGAUUAGUACAGCCCAAAACAUGUCAAUAAUUGAGCAUUUUCAGCAGCAAUAAUCUGCAAAAUAUGCGAAUUUUGUUCGGUUCAAUUGCAUUGUUUACAUUAAGUUCCGCCAAUAUGGCCGAAACACGAGGCGUCGUAAAAACACUCUAUAUGCUAAGUUAUUCUUUUUUAUAGUGUAUAUGUGUGUUAUAUGUCUAAAAAAUAAAGAUA